UGGUCAAAAGUGGGACGGGCUGCCGGAGCAGGCGCUGGGGCAUUAAUUGUUUUGCUGCUGAGCUGUCAAGUUGAGCAGUGUCGGUCUUUCUGCGCCCGCCCUGCUCCAUUUUUUCCUUUGCGAUUAUUUUGAUUUAUUGCUAUAGCUCUGCCAUAUCGCUGCCUCUUAAUAAUUACCCAUGAUGCCCGGGACUGUGGGCAUGUAGCGUUCAGCUAGGGUUGUCGACCCCUCCCCCUCCACCUUACAGUCCAAGAUGGCGGUCCAGGAAUCAGCUGCUCAGCUCUCAAUGGCUCUGAAGGUUCAGGAGUAUCCAACUUUAAAGGUUCCUUAUGAGACCCUCAACAAGCGCUUCCGGGCAGCACAGAAGAACAUAGAUCGAGAGACGAGCCAUGUCACCAUGGUGGUGGCCGAGCUGGAGAAGACAUUGAGCAGUUGCCCCGCCGUAGACUCUGUGGUCAGCCUGCUGGAUGGGGUGGUGGAGAAGCUAAGUGUUCUUAAGAGGAAGGCGGUGGAAUCCAUCCAGGCAGAGGAUGAGAGCGCCAAGUUGUGCAAGAGACGGAUCGAACACCUGAAGGAGCACAGCAGCGACCAGACAGCUGCUGUUAAUAUGUGGAAAAAGAAGCGCAUGGACCGCAUGAUGGUGGAACAUCUCCUGCGCUGUGGCUACUAUAACACAGCGGUGAAGCUGGCCAGGCAAAGCGGUAUAGAGGAUCUAGUAAAUAUAGAAAUGUUCCUGACUGCAAAAGAAGUGGAGGAAUCCCUGGAACGACAGGAAACCAUGACCUGCCUGGCGUGGUGCCACGAUAACAAGUCUAGACUUAGGAAAAUGAAGAGCUGCCUGGAGUUCAGCCUGAGGAUCCAGGAGUUCAUUGAACUGAUUCGACAGAACAAAAGACUGGACGCAGUUAGACAUGCUAGAAAACAUUUUAGCCAGGCAGAAGGAAGUCAGUUGGAUGAGGUGCGACAAGUGAUGGGGAUGCUGGCCUUUCCUUCAGACACGCACAUCUCUCCUUACAAGGAUCUCCUGGACCCUGCCCGAUGGCGCAUGCUCAUCCAACAGUUCCGCUAUGACAACUAUAGGCUACAUCAGCUGGGAAAUAACUCCGUAUUUACCAUAACUCUUCAAGCAGGCCUAUCUGCCAUCAAGACACCACAGUGCUACAAAGAGGACGGGACUUCCAAAAACCCAGACUGCCCAGUGUGCAGCAAGUCCCUGAAUAAGCUAGCCCAGCCACUUCCAAUGGCACACUGUGCCAACUCCAGGCUUGUGUGUAAGAUUUCGGGAGACGUCAUGAAUGAAAACAACCCUCCUAUGAUGCUGCCUAAUGGAUAUGUCUACGGAUACAAUUCUCUUCUUUCUAUUCGCCAAGAUGACAAAGUGACUUGCCCAAGAACCAAAGAAGUCUUCAACUUCUCCCAAGCCGAGAAAGUCUACAUCAUGUAGACAUCCACGUGCCUCCCUAACCGCUGCUGAAGAUUAAACGGACGGGGGGAGAUCUAGUGUUCAGCAGUAUGACACGCACAACAGGCAGAAGGGGACACCGGGAACCCUAUUCCGUGGUUGCAUUUAGUCUUUUUUUAUUGCGACCAAAGAAUUUAAACAAGCAACAACAAUACGUAAAAACAGCAACAACGUGCAAAAACCGAAAUAAAACAUUUGUACUUUUAGGAAAUUAAAUUGUUUUGAUUGUGAGUUUUUUCGUUUUUUUUUUUGGUAACACAAGCCAAGACUGAAGCUUCUGAAGCCUCAUGGCUACAAGGGUUGCGUUAGUUCUGUGUUAGGUCUUGGGAUCAUAUCCGUACUGCUGCCUUAUUCCUAGCUUUCAGAAUGUACUACUUGCAUAAUACAGUCCUUCCUUCCUAUGUUGGAUCUCUCGACCGCUUCCAGGACCUAUGUUUUUAAGACAUUCACAAGGAAGAAGCCACAGCUCUGUUUGUUUUUAGCAGCGCAGGAUUCAUCUUCAUCCACCGCAGAAGAACAUUUUAGUAUUUCCAAGUCUUUAGGAACCAGUGCUGUAGAAUUUGUAUUUAGUGCUUAUUUUUGCAUGUUGGUGUUAAUUAGCUAAUAAAAAAAAAAGAUUCUAAAUUUGAAA